CCACAGGGCAGUCUUGUCUCCGGUAAGCAAUACUGCCAGAUGUGUGUUCGUGUGUGUUACUGUGGACUCAUGAGACUCACCCUGUAGUACGCCGGUAAAUAACUACAACUGUAUGCUCAGUGUAUGCCCCUGAAGUAUUGUGAAAAACCACAAGCGUACUUAGGUGGAAUCCUUGAAAUAGUUAUUCAUGGUACCCGCUGCUACUUCUGAUUCAAAUCAGCCAGUCGACACCGGCAAGCUUGGUGGUCGAGUGGUUAAGACAUCUGCACUAGUAAGAAGGAGGUCAUGGGUUCGAGUCACACCAAAGUACGCUUUUUACAUGUCAGGCAGGGAAAAAAAUCCAAAAUUAAGUCAUAACGUGCAAGUCCAAAUCAAGUCACUAGUCAUUUUUUUGCAAGUCCAAGUCAAGUCCUAAGUAAAACAAAUGAUAGUUAAAAGUUGUGUCACGAAUCACAAAAAUAGAAACUCCAGACCGACUUGAGUCAAAAACAAGUGAUCCAGUCUACAACUCUGUCCACACCAUUCACUUAUUGUCAUUAACCGAUUUGGUAUGGUCUGCCAAACUGCAUCAAAGACCAGUAAUUACAGAAAUUUCUUUAUGCCUAUUGCAAUGGUGCAAUCAACAUAUUUAAUUCAGGUUUUUGCUGAUAGUUUACAUAUUAUGUAGGGAGGCAUGAUGGGUAAUAUAGAAUACGGUUUUCUUCUCUCAUUCUCAGGGCUCAUUUAUGUAGGGUUUUAGGUGUUUUGUAUGUGUUUUUACUUACAUCUUUUCUACAUACACUGUUUUGGUAUUGAGUUUAUGUGCAAAUAGUAACCUAAGUUUGUUUUUAGAACAUUUAAUUCUUUUGCCUUCAAAGUUAUAAGUAUUUUCAACUUGUACAUCAGGAAGACCAUUUUUAUGUAUUUCUUUUUAAUGUCCGAAGAAUAAAUCUCUCAAUAUGAUAAUGUUUGCACAACAAUUUUCCUAUUCAAGAGUUCCUGAGGUGUGCAACCAGGGCUGAACUUUCAGGCUCUUUGGCCUUAGACUUUUUUUGGUCCAGAAACCAAUGAAUUUUGGGCCCAUAGAUCAAACAACAUACCAAGUCUAAAGUUGAUAUUAAAUGUGCUUCUAAUGUUAAGGUUUGAGAGCUCUUUACUUGCUCAUGUGCACGCAUGCAUGUUAGCACUGCAUAGCUAGCUUAGGCUUUACUCUUUUUUUUUUUUUUUUUGAGGUAGUUUAGACAACUUGAUGAAAAAGUCCACAUAACACCACCUCUUCCUGGGUUGUGUAGACACGUUUUGCUCUCAGGUUCAGACAUGGAAUAGCAUAGUUGUACACAUCCCCAAACAUAAAAUAUCACCAAAAAAUCUCAAACAAUAUGAAAGAAAAGUGACUUUCAUUAAACUCUGCACUUGAAAAUUAGCUCAACUGUAAAUAUCAUUAAUGAGGGAAGAGGGAGCAAGCCUGGCAGAUAGACCAUGGCACAAAAUGCUGGCAUUAGCGUAGGUAAUCCGUCGUUGUUUUGAAACAGCAUACCAUUUUUUGCGGCAUUCAGAGCCCACAGAUUACCAGUGGGGACAAACGCGCUACAGCACUCCAUGGAUGAGUGAUACAAUACCGCUGCACACUAAUCUGGCCACAUUUGUAAAGACAAUGCGGUUUGGCGGGGCUCGUCCCCGGAAAACCCCCUUUGGCCGGGCGAGGAUGGAUGGGUCAAUGGCCUGAGGGCGCGUAGCGAAUCAGGCCACUUGUAUUACGAGACAAGCAACCAAUCACAACCUGCAUUACAUCGCACUGUAGGCAAUUCACGCGUUUUCUCGGCCUCUUUUUGCUCACACCUUCGCCGAGCAAAUCACGUUAAAAAAAUUACCUCUCUUAAUCUGCAUCACUUGCGGUCACAAUCUCAAGUGUUUUUUCAUCGGUUUCGGGCAUUCUGCACCUACGGCGAUGGGGAAUCGGGGCAGAAAACGGAAAGCGUGUAGCAGUACCGAACAGCGCAAGAAACGACAAAUUCCAAGUCAGACACGCGCCCAAGCCAGGACCCUCCGGAGCUUGUUGGAUCCGACAUCGCUGUCACAGACUGGUGCGUCUGGUUCCCUACCUGCAGAGCGCCCGACACAGCCGGCCCGUGCUACCAGUUCACCGUCUGCUGCUACACAGGACUCUUCGACGAGGCAGUCCACCCCGAACUUGCGUAGCUCCACGGGCCGUAGUGCUGCCCGACAACCUAGUCAGCGGCUGCCACCGCAGCCAGCAAGUGCUUGUGGCUCCUUGUCUACAGCCACGCCGGCUAAUCCGCACACAGGACGGAAUGCAGCGGACUCACGAAACCGCCCUUCACCGCGGGUAAUUCAAGACACUGGCAGCGCGGCAGCUCCUAACCCCACUCAAGCGCCACCCCACUCAGCAUACCCAGGCACGACAGGAACUCAGGCUGACCACUCGGGGGCCCACAUCACCCGAGACCAACCAAGUUCCCUCGCAAGUCCUCCGGCCCCACUUGAUGGCACGGUUCCAGGCGUUGGCUCCACAGGCGGCUUGCCAGGGCUCCGAGGUCCCCCCGGUUUUAUGGUCUCUGUAAAUGAGGAAGCAAUGCGCUUAUUGGGGGCGUCUUUUUCCGCCAGCACGUGGGGGUCCUACUCCAGGGGUGCGGAACGGUUCCGACAGUUCAGAUUGCAGUCCGGGCUCCCUCAGCUAUGGCCUGCACCAUGUACUCACAUUGCCGCCUUCAUUGCAUUCCUAUCCUUGGAGGGCCUUGCCCCCUCCACAAUUGGUACGUACUUGGCAGCAGUGGCAUACAUACAUAAGAUCAAUAACUGGCCCGACCCCACUGAUAAUUUCCUGGUUCAUAAACUAAGGGAGGGCUGCCGGAGAUUGGGUCGUUCAACAGACACAAGGCGCCCCAUUACAAUCGACCUUCUAGGCAAAAUUUGCAAUAUCCUUGGUGCCACUACGUCCUCAAUCGAUGAAGCAGCCUUGUUCCGGGCUGCCUUCCUGCUCGCAUUCUUUGGUUUCCUUCGGGUGGGGGAAUUUACAGUGUCUAGAAAAUCUGAUGAUCAAUCUCGAAUCCUGAAUUACAAGGAUGUGUGGGUCUUAGGUUCAACUCCAGAACUGUUGGUUAUUAAGCUGAGGUUCUCCAAAACUGACCAACGGGGGGAAUCGGCAGAAUUACAAUUUCACAGACAACCUCAUUCGGCUAUCUGCCCUGUGGGUGCCACACUCCAGUAUUUGCAGGUGCGCCCUAAGGUGGCUGGCCCAUUUUUCUGCCACUUUGACCAUUCACCUUUGACCACUUAUCAGUUCAAUCGCAUGCUACGUGCUUGUUUAGAGGCACUAAACUUGUCCCCCCAGGGUUUUAGUUCACAUAGUUUCCGCAUAGGGGCUGCCACCUCUGCAGCUCUCAACGGGUUCUCCAUAGUGCAGAUCCAACAGCUCGGCCGUUGGCGUUCCCAUGCAGUCAAACUGUACAUAAGGCCAGACAAAAUUGGUUAAAACACACGCUAGUUGGCCCCUUGUAACUUUGCACCAUUUCUUCGGUCAUUCCCAUGUACCCCCUCCCAUACCCAUCUGCUGCUUGGUGUUUUUCUUAUUCCCUCGCAGGUUCUAUGCGUACUUGGGUCGUUGGGGACAGUAAUGUCUUCAGGGCAGGUCAGGGUGCCCCGCAUGGGCCGUUUGGACCCCUCACUUGGCUUGGAGUGCGGGGCGCUAGGCUCUCCACUCUAGUUCCAUCCAUUCGCGGCCACCUGAAACGAAUGCCGGCACCUAACACCGUCAUUGUGCAUGUGGGCACCAAUGACAUAUUCUCCACGCCAACAAUGCAAAUUCGAAGUAGGAUAGAGGAGGGCCUCCACACCAUCAGACACUUGCUACCCAAUGUAAGAAUUAUCUGGUCGGACAUCCUCUUGAGGCUUUUUUACUAUGGGGAAUGCCGUCCUGGCGUG